ACUCAUUAGUGCUGGCUGCUAUGGUAUGAGGGACAUGGGACCAUGUAAAGUCAAGAGUCCACUUCCUUAUUAACCUGUCUCUUAACAGUGGGCAGUGGCAAAAGCUUGUAGAAAAAAAUAUAAUAAUACAGCCUGGCGUGCAGUCAUCUCACAGUACUACAUGCCUCUGUCCUCUGGUGAUCGAAUCACGUCUUCUCACGUUCUCCAGUUUGUGUGGGUCCUCCCAGCCAACCUCCCAGCACUACUCUCAAAUCAGUCUAUGAUCCCAUGCAGUGAUAUCCCCAGAAACACAUCUUCUAUGUAAAUUUUUAGGAGAAAUUAAAUGAAUCAGGCUGUACCACUUCUUCCUUGUGCGGAGACUCUGUAACUUCCCCUGACAUCUGAGCUGGGGUUUUUUUUUUCCUCCCAAAGAUAACACGUUCUACUCCUCAGUAUGUUUGUGCUAUCUGCACAGCCUGACAGUUAUGACACCAUGCUUCGAAACUGGAGAUAGGCUCUAAUCAGCACACACACUUACAGCCCCAGCUGACAGCUGUUCAGCAAGCUCCUGUGCAGCUUCCAGCAUAUCACAAGACAGAGUCUGCGGGCUGAUUUGGUGCAGGAGAUGGGCAUAGCUAUUCCAGGAAGAGAAGUCACCUUAUCAACAUACAUCUUGUCUCCUACAUAGGAGGCCAUGUAGAGAAUAACGUUAGUGGAGCUGCGUGUCCACAGCAAGGAUCCCACUCUUAGACUCUGGGGUAAAGCUAACACUCGGACGGUGUUAGAUUCUACAUGUGAAAACUAAAAUAGUCUUAGAAAGUGAAUUCGCUUGAUAUCAGCACAUUUGAAGGAGGAAGAUGCCAAUUGUCAAAAACGUGAGCAGAGCUGUCAGCCAGCUGCUCCAGAGCUCUGGUUGUGGAUGUGGGGUUUCCAUCGUGCCUGUUCGAUGCAUUGGAGUCUCGCCCCGCCAGGUGGCCUCCGAUGCUAGCUUUCACUCCGUUUCUUUUGCCGAGUCUGACCAUCCUCGGGUGCUAAUUACAGGGGGUCUUGGUCAGCUUGGAGUGGGACUUGCUAAGCUUCUGAGGAAACAUUUUGGAAAGAACAACGUGAUCUUGUCUGACAUUCGAAAGCCUGCGGAUAAUAUUUUUUAUAGUGGUCCUUUUAUCUACGCGGAUAUCUUGGACUACAAGAAUUUACGUGAGAUAGUGGUGAAUAAUCGGAUAUCUUGGCUCUUCCACUAUAGCGCUUUGCUCAGUGCUGUUGGAGAAGCAAACGUCCCUUUGGCCAGAGCUGUAAAUAUUACUGGUUUACACAAUGUUCUGGAUAUUGCAGCUGAGCAUAAUUUGAGACUCUUUGUUCCAAGCACCAUUGGAGCCUUUGGUCCCACCUCUCCUCGAGAUCCAACUCCUGAUCUCUGCAUUCAGAGACCAAGGACAAUCUAUGGAGUCUCCAAGGUUCAUGCUGAGCUCAUGGGAGAAUACUACCAUUACCGGUAUGGCCUAGACUUCCGCUGCCUGAGGUAUCCAGGAAUUAUAUCUGCUGACUCUCAGCCUGGUGGGGGAACAACUGAUUAUGCUGUCCAGAUUUUCCAUGAUGCCAUAAAGACUGGCAAAUUUCAGUGCAACCUAAAGCCAGACACUCGUCUCCCUAUGAUGUAUAUUGAUGACUGUCUGAAAGCCACUCUAGAAAUCAUGGAGGCCCCCGCAGAGGCGCUGAGCAUGAGGACAUACAACAUCAGUGCCAUGAGCUUCACUCCUGAAGAGCUGGCGCAAGAGGUGCAGAAGCAUGUUCCCGAACUCCAGGUGACCUACAACGUGGAUGAAGUCAGGCAGGCCAUAGCUGACAGCUGGCCGAUGAACUUUGAUGAUAGGAACGCCCGGAGGGAUUGGGGUUGGAAACAUGAUUAUGAUCUCCCUGAGUUGGUGACUACAAUGUUUAGCUUCCUUGGGUCUGACUCCAGGAUUGCUCAAGCUAACUGAAAUACUUUGUAAGAUGUUUCCGGAUUUCCACAGAGGACCAGGAAGAAAUGGCUAAACUAGUUUAUCAUUUUCUGAGUCUUAGAGCAUGUCAAUUAUUAUUGUUUUUUAUAAGUAGCAAUAGAGUUGGGCAGAAACAUUCUGUAGCUGGAAUGUACUAUUAGAUGAAUGACAUCACUUGGUACUGUCUCUGAGCACAGCACCGAUGACAAACACAGAAUUCUUGAACUUUCACAUUUAAGCAGCUAGAAAAAAAAAAAAAAAAAAGCACUUGCUCCCGGCUGGUGGCUUCCCCCACAUUUCAAAAAAACUGCCUGCCUCUUCUGUGGCAAAGUGGGGCAAUAUUGUCAAACCUGGUGUUUCAGGCAUAUCCCGCAAAGUUAACGAUAGGUUUUUCGUUUUCCUGGUGGAGGAUGUUAGAUCACAGUGAGUAGGAUCCUAUCCUUUCUACUCUUUGCUUACAAAAGAGAGAUCAGAAGAGCUACUUCGUGUUUCCAAAUUGCAAGGGGUCGUUGCAAUUCUAGUUCGAAGUCAAACUUUGGUCGAUCGUUCCUAUUUAUAUAUAUGUGUGUGUGUAUAUAUAGUGCUGUAUAAACAUACACUUUUUUUAUACAUAGAGCAUACACAGUAGCAUUAUUCUUAUAAUGCUUAUAAAUGUGAAGGGGAAUAGGACUUGAAUUCUCAUUAUGGUUUAAAAAAACAGGGUUUACAAGCUAGGCUUUGUCCUGUUCUUUGAAAGUGCUGCUGCCUUCAGCUUAGCCUGGGAGGUAGAUGUGAAAUCCAAAGAGCUGUUACGUGUAUGUGAAUCUGGGGCGUAUUUCAAGAAGGCAAUGCCCAGCUAUGGGUUUAUUGUUAAUUAGCGCUACUUUUGGUUAUCCCGGUUGUUUGCCGUGCUAGCACGAUGACAGAGGGCCCGGAGCAAGUUUUAAAGGCGACGGAGCCUUACGGUAGAGUCAGGUCAGCCUUUGAAAUCUGUUCAUGUUCACUACGUUUUCCGCGUGCGCUGUAAGUGUAUCUGGAUGCUGUUGGUGCGUAACUGCCGUACGCUUUUAUUCUUUAGAGAGGGAUCCAGAAGCUGCAACCAUCUUCUAGCUACAGUUAAGGGCCGUUCUGCUCACUGAGCUUCACGCACAGGAGGUUCUGGGAUUAACAAGGAAGUCUUAGUAGGUGCAUGCGAGGAAGAUCUGUGUGUUCAAAAGCUACUCGGGAGGCUUUGAGAAAUGACAAACUGGAGAGACAGGAAAGCCAUUUUAGGUACAAUACCAGUUUCGUGGAGGUGAAUCUGAGCCAUCCGCUACUAUAGCUAUAGCACGCCUUGAGGAACGGCGUCUGGGAACUUGGAUUUUUUUUGUUUUUUUCAAAGAAAAAAUACUCAUUUUCAAAAUGACUGGAAAUUCCCUUUAUGAAGCUCUCCAUCUCUUUUGUCUUGUAUACUCCAGUAGAGUGUGUAGGUAAACAUAUUCAUGUUGGGGUUGGGGGUUUUUUUGCCUACAACUUGUUUGCUGUCUUUUCUGGGACGAUGCUUUGGCGGUUGCAAGUCUGUUACGCUCUCCGUAACCCCGCGGUGUUUUCUCAGUAUGUGGAUAACUGACAUAGCCAGAUUUCUGCCUCUUUGUGAAGGAGUCUACGUGCUGCAGGGAAUGCCUUUUCUCAUGAGAGUAACCUGCAAGUGAAGAUUCUGUGGUGAAACCCCGUUUUAAACAUUCGUUAAACUUGCCUCUCUUGAUUUUGUCUGUAUCUUACUCUUUCAUCUGUUGGCAAAGUAUGUGUUUCCCAGGUAUUUAAGCUCAAAAACCUCUAAGGUUGUGGCCUAUUAUUGAAACUUUUUUCUUUUGUAUAUUGUUUACGUUUCUGAAAAGACAAGUUUUUAAACUUUGGCCGCUGUUGUAACUAUCGCGUCGUUGGAGUGUAAUAUUUGGCCCAAUGGGCCGGCGAAGUUGGCCCCUCCAUUCAUGCCCUCCAAGGAAGGACUGGCUCAGGUUUUGUCUGUGCCCUGCCAGAAGAGGAUUAUCUAUCUCGUAGCGAACUGCUGAGCUGAGCCGCCAGGCUUCCCUGGGAGCUGGAGUGUCUCAUCCGCUCCAGUCUUUCAUCAGUCCAACCCUGGGGACUCCUCAUUCCCUCCAUUCCACAAGAACUCUAAAGAGUUGUUGAUGGGUCUCGCUCCGUUUCUUCAUUUCACUCAAAGACAAGGGGUCUGCUCCCCUCGCCCUCGUUCCGAGCUCCAGUCAACACCGACCGGAGGGAAGAGCGAGAAUGUGCUUUCCUCUGAAACACGCUGUCCUCAGUUGUGUUCUUGCACACAAGCGUUGGAUAAGGUGUUGCGGUGAAGGUGAAAUUCAGACUUAAGCCAUUUGAACAAAAAUUUCAUGGUUGGUUUGCUUUGUUUUGUUUUGUUUUUUCCCCCGCCUCAAGUUGCUGACUCCAUUUGGGAGCAGCCAUUUAAGCAACUUCUAUUUUGCAAAUUCUGAAAUAAAGCCUCUUGCAACAGAGAGCUGUUUGGAGAUAACAGCACGGUGGUGGUCAGGGGAUGUGAUAAGCUGUGUCUGCAUUGUCUGAGUCCUGUUUGAAAUUCUGGGUUUCAACCUGUGACCAAUGGCGUGUGUAUUUUUUUUUUUUUUUCCCCCCUGUCUUCCCUAUUAACUUCUGUUGUAACUAUGUUACAGUCUUUUUCUGUAUAAAACCAAUUUGAUGUGGUACAAAAGGUGUAACUUUUGCUACCGCUUUGAAGUUUGACUUCUGGGCAGAGACUUCGCUCGUGACAUUUGAGCAUUGUAGCUGUUAAAUUACCUAUUUGGGGGGGAAAAGAAAAAAAAAAAAAAGUUGUUACAAAUAUUUUUUUCAAAUCUUGUAAGUUGCGGAUGAUGCCUACUUUAAUAAAAUCCUAUGCAGACGUG